AUACGUGUUUGGAUUAGCAAGCAACUCAGCUGCUGCCUUGGAGAAGUUUCGCCGAGCACCUAAAAGCAAAUCCUGCGAAAGGAACAUGCUAAACGUUUAAGCCGAGACUCCAAGCAUGAUAUAGCGCUCAAUACAUAGCUAGCGCCAGGACCAUGGGGCCACCCGCGUCUGUCAGCAAGCUCGACCGCGGGCAGGGCCUCAAAGUCUGCGGAGCGUGAGUUAUGAAACGCGCUGGCGGCCAAGAUGGGGCCCCGAACGCCAAACGGUCGCGGAGCCGGUCCACCUCCCCGCCGCGCUAUGACCCCGCCCUGCCGCUACACCAGCGGCUGCAGCAGUUCUGCACGCCGCGGAAACGCAACACCGACCGUGCACAGUCUCGCCCUGCCGCGGAAGUGGACCCCAAGGUUGCGGCACUGGCUGCCCGGCUGCCUGUGACCUGGCUGCGGUGUGGAGAGCCGCCCAAGCUCAGCCGUCUGCUUGGAGCACACGACGCCAACGCCCAGAACAUCACGGUGGCCUGUCAAUGCGACACCUGUCAGGAAUGGAAUGAGGAGGAUGGGCAGGCGAGGAGCGAGGCGGGCACGAAUGGGGACCAGCAGGGGGGCGUUGUGGGCUGCAGCAGUGCGGACAGCAGCAGCGACAGCACUGGAACCAGCAGCAGCAACGGCGGGGGGAGCAGCGUCCCUGGCACCUCACCUGCCUAUGGGCGCAUGUACAACCUGCCUCAGUGGCUGGAGCACUGCACGGGUCUACGCAUAUCGGGUCUGGACCCCAACCGCCAGCCGGCAGAGUAUCGCGACCUGGUGCUGAGUGCGGUGGAGGUGGUGGAGGACGCGGAACAGCACCCGGCACAGGAGCCGCAGGAUGUGAAAGCAAGGCAGGAGCGGGCCAAUGGGUUAGGACAGCUUCAGCGGGGCUCGCACCUACAGGCGGCGAUGGGCGCAGCAGCAGCGACAGCUGGUCGGGGUCGCACAUGUGCGUCCGCCGCACCUGCUGCGCGGCCAAUGUCACUCCGCAAUUACCUGCGGCACCUGACCCGCACGGAGCUGGACGCUGCAGCCCCGCUGUGUCAGGAGCGGCGACCAGGCGCGCCCAGCAGCGGUGCGGGAGCUGGGGUCGGUGGCUUGGGCUCCCUGGCGGGUCGGCGGCUGCACGUGUUCUACGCCGAGGAGCUGCCGCGGCCGCGGUGGUUCAGUGGCAAAGUGUUGAAGCCGGCAGACGACCUCGUCAGCCUACAGGUACGGUGGGACGCUUGGACCGACUCCGACGGAAUUGUGAACGCGGCCAGCAGUGACGAGGUGCUGAUGGGAGUCACGCUGCUGCACUGGGGGCCUGCAGCGCCGCAGCAGCUGCCGGACUGCCCCGGCGGCGCUGACAUCUGCGCGCUGCCCUCCAUUGCACAGCAGCAGCAGCAGCAACAACAGCAGCAGCAGCAGCAGCAGCAGCAGCAGCAGCAGCAGCAGCAGCAGCAACAACAGCAGCAACAACAGCAGCAACAACAACAACAGCAGCAACAGCAACAACAACAGCAGCAGAAACAACAACAGCAACAACAGCUGCAGCCUCCUCCACAGCUUGCCAAGCGCGAGCUGUCAGCUCCCGCUCCUGGUCCCGCCGCUGACGCUGCUGGCGGCUCACACGCGAAGGAGCUGGACCCCGGCACACGCGAGGUCGCGGGAGCCCAGCACGGGCAGUUUGAACGCCCCGCACGGCGGCCAGCUGACCAGCUGCUGGGGGCGGACCGCCCGGUCCCCAGCCCGGUCCCAGACCCCGGCAAGGACGUGGGCCUGCAGCAGUCAGCGACGGCGGUGGCGGCAGUGGCUGGUUGUCCCAGUUGGACUCCUGACCAGCAGUUGCCCUUGGUGGUUGUGCAGCAGCUGUCGAUGAAGGGGCAGCAGGAUGAGGAGCGGUCGAAGCAGGAGCAGCUGGCAUUUGCAGCGGGAGGGGAGCCUGGGGCUGGCAAGCAGCAACCCGCCUCCAAGCCUGUAGGGGCAGCCAUGUAUUCGGACGCCGGUGGCCACAGCGGUGCGCGUACACAGAUAGAUGUACCCGCGCUGAUUCCUUUGGCUAUUACCCACAACGACACAUGCGCGGCGGCUUCUGCCGGAGUGGAGCGGCUGCUGGCGGUGAUCACCACCCACUCCACGUCCAGCACGAGCACCAGCACCAGCUCUCAACACGACCGGGGAGGCACAGUGGCCUCGGCUUGCGGCGGAGCGGGUCCCAGCCAACAACAACCGGGCGGCACAAGCGCGCGGGCGGCGAUCCUGAUGCCGCCCGAGCAACCCGUGGGUGCGGGUGCGCAUGCACGUGCACAUGACGCAGCCCCUGUCAUCCAUGCGACUGACGGUCGCACAUCGUCCGCACAAGCCACGCCUGGGCCGGCGCAAGCCGUGCUGGCGCGCGGCUUGAAGGCAUUGCGCCGCGUGCCGCUCGCACAGCAGCCGAGCGCCUCACAGUCCCAGCAGCUGGCCCCGCCAGCCCCGGCCCCCACCCUACUGGGCAGCAAGGUAUCGUGUCAGGACUAUGAGCUGCACUCGUCGUCAUCGGAUGGCGAGCGGGAGGAGCGCGCAGCGCCCACAGUGCCCCACAGUCCGGGACACGGCAGCAGCCGUCAGGACGCAGCCCAUGAACACACGGACACUGUUGGGAUAAUGAUGGAUGGAAAACCACCUGUGCCUGCGGCAGUGCCAAAGUCCCGGCGCGCUACGCCCGCAGUUCUCCAUCCUUCCUGGUAUGAUCCUGAGGCGGUCGAAUCCGUCGAGGUGGGUGCGCCGCAGGAAGCGAUGCUUGCAGAGGCCGGCGCUGCGCCCGAGAAGGCAGCAGCUCUGCCCGAGGCUGCAGUGGAGGCAGCGCCAGUGCUCGGUGUCGAGGCAGCAGUGCAGUCGGCGGCAGUACCUGAUGUGACGAUGGCGGCAACGGCUCCGCAGGCAGCACUAGCCGCAACAGCGGACCUCGUUGCGGGGCCAGGCGUAGCGGCGCAGGAGGCUGUAGGGCCAGCGGCAGGGCGGCUUGCGGCGAAUGUGCCGGAUAUGCAUACGGCGGUUGCGGAGGCAGCUGUGUCAGGAGCCGAGGCAGCGGAGGCGACUGCCACGACGCCUUCGCCCAGUUCCUCGACGGCAGCAGUGCCGGCCGCAGCGGCAGUGGAGGCAGCCGAGUCUGGGGAGGUGGCUGCAGCACCAGAUAUGGCGGGCGAACUGGGGCCGGCGACCGCGCAGCCGGCACUUACCGGGGCGGCUGCGCCAAGGGUGGUGCCACCGGAGGCAGUCCCAGAAGGCACAGUGUCGGCGAAGGCUGCACCAGAGGGUGGUCACGUCGACACGGAUGAGGGGGGUCUGCGGCCAGACGACGGGGCAGUGCGCGGCGCUAGCAGCAUGGCGCAGGGCCACCAGGAGGCAACGCCCGGUGUGGAGGCACCAGCAGCUGCCGGCACGCAUGCGGCUGACAGUGACGGCCUGCGGGGCAGCGCUCCCCCGCACUCACCUGCUGGGCCCCUGUCACAGCUGGUGCUGACGCCAGCGCACGGAGGGGACCUGGAGGAGGCUGCAGCGCAGCAGCAGCAGCAGCAGCAGCAACGAUCUGACCAGCCGGACGCCGCAGCUGGUGACCAUGAAGGCAGGUCGGGAGUGAACCCCGGUCAGGGUGCUCAUGAAGCGGAGGCCGUGGCGGUGGCAGCGGGCACUGGAGAUCCGGCCGUGCCAUUACAGGGCGAGCGAGCUCCGCCUGAUGCAGUUAGUCUGGGUCCGCGGCUGGUCGUAUCCUCACCGCGCUGCCUGGCCCCAGGGCAGUCGGACCGCUGGACCCUGGCGGGCCGCUGCCAGGAGCUGGGCGAUCGCCUCGCCCACCAACAGCUGCAGCGCUGGCAGCCGGUGCCUCAGGGUCAGCAGCCGGCGCACCGACGGCCGAGCCCCAACCGGCAGGUGUCGGACGGGGGGCCUACAACCAGUCGGACAAGUGCAGGGCCGGCACCGGCCGUGGAUGAGGUUCCAAUGGUAGCAACUGCUUUCGCGGGCAUCGCAGAGUCGCGGCUGACAGUCCUGCUGGCCAACGCAACCAACCCCGCCAGCACGACCGUUAGUAAGCAGCAGCACAGGGCGCUGGAGGUGGCGCUGCUGCGCUAUAUCCAGCUGCAGUCGGCCGCGGAGGAGGCCUUGGAUGCGGGGGCAGCUGGUGGCGCGCUGCAGCUGGGCGUCCGGGGCCCCGAGCCCUGCAGACGGGUGGCCCUGGAUCAGCCCGAGCUGGUGGCGCUGCCGCUGGAGCUGCAGCACGGCCACACACUGCAGCUGGCGGCGGAGCACUGCCACCACCACCACUACCACAGCCAACAGCACCAGCCACUUGCAUCGAACGGCACUGAGACGGGGGCUGCACAAACUGCCACUGGCGGGCUGCACAGCGCCACGUCGGCGCCGUUGCUGUCUGCAGCAAGGGCCGCGCCCACGUCGGGUCACGGCGGCUUGCCGGCGGCAGGGAUGGCGACCAGCUUCGUCGCGACCUGCACAAGCAGGGACUGGGCUAGUGCGGGUGCCGACGUGAGCAUGGAGCUGUCAAUGAAGCUCAUCACAUGCGCAAUUCCAGGUGCCAUGGGCCUUCACCAGGUAGCCAUCACGCUGGCCUUGCGCAUGCCGGCAGCGCUGUACCGUAGCCCGCCAGAGCCCGCAGCUGCCGUGGACUGGCCCGCGUUCACGCGGCUGGCCGUGUGGCUGGGUGUGGGGCUGAACCAGGUGGCGUCCACGUCCUGCAAGGCGGGGACGAGCGUGUGCGCCCAGCAGCAGGCGGACGAGGGCGCGCAGCUGUUGCGGCAGCUGCUGGACGCACACGAGCUGCUGGCGCCCCUGCCGCAGCCCCAGCCAGGCGUGUGCUACCGGCCCCAGCAGCAGUGCACGACGGCCGAGCAGGCGCCGACGCAGCCUUGCCAGGAGCAUCAGGACCACGCGCCGCAGACCCAGCCGCCGCAGGAGCAGGCGCAGCUGGAGGCGGUGCCUGACGGCCACGACGCGGCUGCGCCGGCCGCAGCCGACGGGGCGUCACGUGUGCUGGUGCUGGUGCAGGCGCUGGAUCCAGUGCUGCUGCGGGCCCUGGAGGAGUUUGAACUCCGGCGAGCUGCCAUGCCGCUGCUCGAGCAGGUGUCCGCUAGAGUUGCAGCUCAGGGCUGGGCGGCCACGCUCACACAGCUGAUCAGGCUGGCCACGGCGGUGGAGCAGCAAGCCCCGCAGCCGGAGCAGCAGCCAGGUCAGCAGCCUCAGGACGCGGACAGGUUGCGGGCCCAGUCAGCCUGCACGGCGGUGCGGCGACUGAAGGGGCUGUUCGGUGUGGCGGCGGCGCUGGCGGCAGAGACGGCAAGAACAGAUGGACUGGCGGGCUCAUCAGAGAGUGAGGCGAGCAACCGCCGGCGUGCCCGGGACGUCGGUCCGGCCCUGGCUCAGCUGCUGGAGCUGUACUGGGCCGCGAGGUGCUGCUUCCGCACUGAAGAGUGGUGGGAGGGCGUGGUGUGGCUUUCCGUUCUGACGGCGACCAUGCAGUCAAUGACAGGCCAUCAACGCCAACAGAGCGUGCUCGAGGUGUGCUGCAAGAUGCUAUUCAGCCCCGCCUGGCCGUCGGCGCUGCAGCUGCCCGGCAUGCGCUGCCCGGACACCGCCCGGCUGGCGGCGGCCUGGGACGAGGUGCUGGAGGAGGCGCGGCUCAGGCGCCGUCAGCAGCAGCAGCAGGCGGCGCAGGAGGAAGCCGAGGAAGGGCGUCCGGGUCAGGUGCAGCAGCAGGCGCAGGCACGCAUGAACGCGCCAUCGCAGCAAAGUGUGCCUGUGCUCGCGACGGCUGGCGGAGCUAUGGCUGUGGCGGACGGGUGGCAGCCAGCCGCGGCGGGUCCGGGCCCGAGUCCAGGAUCAUGUGGGGCAUCGGCACCACGCCAGGCAGAGCCCCUACGCGCCGAGCGGUCGGUCGCCCACGUGAUCCACCAGCCGCCCCGCCCAGCAGCGCAGGUGGGCAUGCACGCGGCGCCAGCACGAACAACAAGGACGGCGUCGCCGCAAUUGCAGCCUCACCACGCACAGCAGCAGCAGCAGCAGGUCACCCGAGCGUCGCCAGACCAACCGCCGCAGCCGCCAAAUCAGCAGAUACAGCCGCAGUCAGUGCCCCUGGGUCUCAGUUUGCUGCAGCAAGCUCAUUUUCUACAGCAACAGCAAGCGCUGAUUCAGCAGCAUCAAUACUUGCAGUACCUUCUGCAGCACCCGCGACAGCAGCGGGCGGCAUUCCCUGGGCCCGCUGCUCCGCAACAGGCGGCUGUGGCGGCACAGGCUCCGCCACCACCGCGGCAGCAACAGCAGGCGGUUUACGCAGCGGGGGGCGCUGUGCCGCAGAUCGCUGUUGGGGCGCAGCAGCAACCUCAACAGCAGCAGCCUCUGCAGCAGCCUCAACAGCCGGCCGCUGCUAUGCCCGCCGAGGUGCUGGGCGCCGCGGACGACGCGCAGGGCGACGGGCAGGCCGUGGUGCCCAUCCUGGUGCGCGGCUGGCGCGAGGUGGGGCCUGAGAGCAGCGGGCAGCACCGCACGUGCGCCAUGUUGUAUGAGUACGAGGGGCUGCAGCUGGACACCACCUACAGCGUGGACUCGGACCAGGUGCCGCUGCUGGAGCUGGCGGUGGACGAGCCGCGAGAGCUGGCACUGCACACGGUGGCCUGCUCGGCGGCGUCGCAGCUGCGCGCUGUGGGUAUCCCGCCGCCCCAGCAGGUGGAGCGCGCCCUGCUGGGCCCCGCCACCACCACCCCGCAGCACCUGGCCUGGCUGGUGGAGCAGCUCAAGGCCUACAGCCGCAGGGCGGGGCAGAUCGUGGCGCCCACCAGGCAGCCACCGCCACCCCCGCCGCCGCCGCCGCCCGCGCCACCGCCGCCGCCACCGGCGGCGCGGCAGCCAGCGGGCACAGCGGCGCACACGGCCGCACAGCGCGACCCGGCGCAGGGCGGCCGCCAGCAGCACGUCGUGCAGCAACAGCAGCAACAGCAGCGGCUGCAGGGGCUACAGCAGCAGCAGUUGCAGCAGCUGCAGUACAGGCAGCAACGGGCAUUCGGCCAUGCGCAUGCAUGGGCGGCAGCGGGAGGUGUACAGGGCGGCGGGCUCCAAGGCACGUGGUCUGGGCAGGCGGCCGCCGCGGCGCCCGCAGCUGCACAGUGGGCCGUACCUGUCCCGGGGCCAACUCCGCACGCAGCAGCAGCGGCCGCGGCCGCGACGGCGGCGGCGGCGGCAAUGGGCCAGCAGUACUACGCGCACGUGGCAGCGCAGGCCGCGGCCGCUGCCAAUAUGCUGCCACAGCCGCCUGCAGCUGGGGCAACAGUCAACACGCUUGGCGACGUGUGGGACAUCAUAGGUGCAUGAAUGAGGGGCAGCAGUCUGCAACUGGGCCGGCAGCUCGGUAGGCAGCGCCACACACAAGAGCAGGUGCAACUUGUCAUGUGUGCUGCCGGGGAACUGCGGCACAGAACUGCCCCGAGUCUUCCCCGCCGCUCAUUUUGGGGCUGAGCUCCCCGGCUAUGUCCGGGAGAUGAGGUAGACGCUUGCGGCCUCAGACUAGAGACGUGGCGUGGGCGCAGCCCACUUUUCCCAUGCGAGGGAAACCACAUACCUUGUCGCCGCGGGCACGAAAAUGGAGUCCAGGUUUUACGGUGACUGCGAGGGGAAUGGGGACACCGGCAAACCACUUUGGGAGUCUGCGGGAUCCAUGGGGUAGCUUGCGACAGGUGUGUGGCGGCACGUGCCGGCGCGCCUGGUUGCAAGCAAGCUUGGCCGUGCUUGUGCGUUGGGUAUUGGGUGUUCCGCUUCGCUGUGCUCCCAAGGCUCGCUCCUUACUGUUAUUAAUGCUUCAACAUUCACCUGGGAAUUGUGAAACUCCUAUUGGAGUUGGCCUUGGGUCACAAGGUGGCUGUGCGGUGUGCCUCGUUUCA